AUGUCCCUUCAGGAGUGGCAGGGUAUUUUUGCAAAGAAGGCUGUAAAGCUUCAUGGUCACCACUGGAGUAUUGAAUUUGAUGAUUCCAUAGUGCCAGACAACACAGCUCAGCACUGGUUUCAGUACAUUAGGGGGGCUUUUCUUCUAUGCCAAGGGGUCAAAGUGCGUCGCUUCCGACAGGAAUGCAGAGAGUGCUUUGGUGCAGAGAUGGAGGAGCCCCAGUUUGAGCAGGAAAACAUUGACGUGAUGCUGGAGAAGCUGGGGGAGAAGAUUUGCAUCAGGUGUUACCAGGACAACCUGGGCGAGAACAGCAGGCAGUUUCGACCUCACCAGUGGUACGGGGAUCCGCACGAGUCUUCUCACUGUGAGGCCUGCAAGAAAGGCAUCUGCAGACAGUCGGAUUAA